AUGGUGUCCCAACCCAUUUUCCAUCAAGCCCUUUUGCCAUUUCUUUUCUGUAUCACAACUCUUUCCUUGGUUGUUGCCGAUCCCACAGAUGGCUUCACCCGUCUUCCAUCACCUAGCUCCAACUUUCAGAUCCAAAAGCAUUACGAUCUUCCACAAAACAAGUGUUACACCUUUUCAAAUGGAGUGUACAGAUUUUGGGUAUACACGAACGACACGUCUAGCACCGGAACUAGAGCACGAUGUGAGCUUCGUAUCGGGAACUAUUAUACAUCUGGUGUGUUGCAAUUUGAAGGGUAUUUCUACAUUCCCAAUGGCACAACCGGGACGACCAUCCAUCAAGUAGUAUCCAGUGGAGUCUCCGCUGCCGCUGCCACUGCCACAACCUCUCAGAGUACGGUCUAUCAUGGAUCUCUCACUCAUUUCUUAUCACCUACUCUGGAAACAAACAUCUACGAUAAAUGGUACCGUUUUAGUUUGAUCCAUGAUGUGGGUGCCAACAACGUGAAGAUUUUUAUCAACGGGGUGCAGAAAUUUAACGGAAAUGGUCAAGUAGCCGGCUCUCACUACAUGAAGAUAGGGGUUUACGCACAUGAGGGUGCUUCCCACUACGUGGAAUCUCGAUGGAGGAAUAUCAAGCUUUUUACAAGAUAA